GACAAACGACCUUGGUUUCAGACGUUCUUAUGGAGAAAGUUUGCUGCCCUUCCGAUCGGUGUUCAGCAGUUUCUUUUACGCACCCGGUGACAGCAGAGUAUCGAUAAUCCCUCCUUCAGGCUCACCAUCCAAAGAGAUUCGGUUUGUUUAUAAAAAAAUACUGACAUAAAGAUACUCAUGCCUGGCAGCUUUAGCGACAGCGGUAGUUGUGAUCAAGCGAGUAUACUUGAUUUCACGGAUGUCGAUCUCUGUAAAGCAAACGGAGCAAAAACAGGCAACGGCCAAGAAGAAAAACAAGUUCGAUUGCGUCUCAGUCUGGACGAAAUAUGUCAUCGCACUAGUUUCACACGCAAGGAAGUGCGCCAAUUUUAUCGGACAUUGAAACAGGAAUGCCCGCUCGGAGUGGUCACCGAAGAAACCUUACGAGACGCUUACCACCGCCUUUUCCCCAACGGAAACGUAGGAUUGUACGUGAAGCAUGUUUUCCGCACCUUAGACACGCAAGGCAACGGCAAGAUAACUUUUACGCAACUGCUCGUAUUCCUAUCGACAAUCAGUAAAGGGACCCAUCUUGAUCGUUUGAAAUGGAUUUUCCGAUUGUACGACCUCGACGGUGACGGAGCGAUUCAACAUUCAGAACUUCUUACACUAUGCUGUGCAACACAUGACCUAGCUGGAACACCUGAAAAACGAAUUUUCCAUGAAAUCAAGAAAUCGGGUAAGGACGAAAUGUUCAGCGAAAGUGAAAAAGAAAGAAAAUCACGUCAAAUCAAACUUUGGGUGGACAAAGUCUUCCGACGUUGGGAUUUAAAUCAAGACGGUCAGGUUACACUGGACGAGUUUCUUGCCAUUCAUUUAAAUGACGAUCUUCUAGAAACUUCAUUUCAUUCUUUUGACGACCUGUAAUAGAAAACAAACGUCUAGGUCUACUGCUAUCCUAAAGGACUCUACUUUGAAAAUGAUUUAUGAUGACGAUCUGCCCAGAAACUUAAUUGUAUCAGGCCCUUUUUUUUUCUUCAAAAUUGGAUAAUUGGGCCUUGAUCUGUAUUAGCAAUGAAGUGCUGGGUUAUUCCGCAAGACGCGAGAAAGUCAAACGUCAAUGAAACAGAUCCACAACAUGUGAAAUAUAGCUAACAUUGUUAACAGAGUAUGAUAGUUUCUUGCUAAACCAUAUACCCCGAAAUGCUGCAAUGAAAAUUGUUGUUGAAACUUUAAUUUUUACGAUUGGAUGUAUACCAUUUGUUAGACUGGAUAUUUUACCUGCAAAUUACGCAUUAGUGAAGGCCCUUGACCAUUAAAAAAAUAUAUACGGAAUUGUUUCCCAGUUGUUUACACCCUAUAUUCGUUCAAAACGUGUUUAGAGCGAUGAAUUUGUUUCAAAAGUCACCCACAGAAGUCACAAUUGUUGAGUCUGCAAGCUACGUGCAUUCACUCGCAUCUCUCUAUUAUAGGUUUAGGCCUACUAUACAUUCAUCCCGUUUUUAGGCCAAGUCUCACAGUUUUAUUUCGACAAUUGCUGUAUUAUUCGUUUAACCAAUCUAUUUAUAAUAUUCACGUGUGUGAAGCAGCCUCACUGGACUGGUUGAACCAGUUACUUCCAAGAUGCGACAAAUUUCCCCCCCUUUUUUUUUUUCGUCAUCUAAAUUUUUGAAAAUUAAAAAUCCAAAUAAAAUUAUAUAAAAAAAAAAAAAAA